AUGGCGGUGGCCACGUUACAAACAUCAAAUGAAUUGAUACAAGCCAUUUUCCGCGGCAGUGUCGAGGAUUGCGUUCUUCUGUUGGAUCCUGAAUCUGCAAACUAUCAGGAUGCACAGAAACGAAGCGUGCUUCAUGCGGCGGCGCACUGUGGUGAAGCGCGUAUCGCCGAACUACUUCUGAAAGAGGGUGCUCGUGUGAAUGCAAAAGAUACACGCUGGUUCACUCCACUGCAUCGUGCUUGUGCCUCGAACGCAACAGAAGUGGUUCGGAUCCUGUUAGCACACGGUGCAGACCGGAACGCACGGGACAAAUCGUGGCAAACCCCGUUACAUGUGGCCGCUGCCAACGCAAGUCUGGAAUGUGUACAAUUGCUGUUCACUCCAUCGGACUCAUUGAUCAAUGUGAAUGCCUCGGAUCGAAACGGGCAUUCCCCACUUCAUCACGCUGUCCAUAGUGGGCGUAUCGAGGUUGCUCGUUUCCUACUGGAGAAAGGUGCCUCGGUGAAUGCGUUUGAUAAACGCGAUCGGCGAGCAAUGCAUUGGGCUGCAGUAUGCGGAUAUGCACAGGCAAGUCUAGUAAUCCUCGCUAUUUGUUGUGGUAUUUAUCUGGUCGACCUGUUGCAUCAGUUUGGCGCGGAAGUCAAUUGUCGAGACAAGGAUCAGUACACACCUCUGCAUGCGGCCAGUGCUUUGGGUCAUGUGGCCACGGCGAACGCUCUGAUCUCGCUGGGCGCAGAGUUGGAGGCUACAACUGCUCAUGGUAACACUCCGUUGCAUAUUGCUUGCUUGAACGGUCGCGAUGAAGUGGUCGAAUUGUUGCUGCAAGCUAUUCAACAGGCCAAGAUAGAUGCAGCACUGUCUGGUUCGAGCCCUGUCAGUCCGAAUAGUUCCUCAACCAGUCCAGAUGCAGAACGUCAGCAGAUGGUGAAACGCGCAGCUUUUGAGGCACUGGUUACGGCCGUAAAUCAGCUGAGCGAACCAGACCAUAUGACACCAUUGCACUUGGCUGUAUCAUCAACGGGUGGAGCAUAUUGCUUGCGUCAUUUGCUGGAGGCUACAACUCCAACCACUCCGGAUUUGGCUUUGAUUGCAGAUCCCGAUGACCCGGGUGGGGCUAAACCCAAAAGUUUAGCCAAUUUACAAGCUGCUGGUGGAGAGGAUGAAAGUCACCCUCUUCAUAUGGCAGCAUAUCAUGGCAGGUUUGAUCGAGCUCAGCUGUUGCUAGAGAACGGGGCCAAGGUGGAUGCGCGCGAUCGAUUGGGAAACACCCCACUUCAUGUUGCAGCUGAUCGUGGUCAUGAAUUGUUUGUGCUGGCUAUGCUUCGCGCCGGAUGUCCAUGGAAUGCACGUGGCCACGGUGGAUCGACUGCAUUGCAUCGAGCCGCUCUGUCCGGUUUCACCUCUUGUUUAUCCAGACUCAUUGCGGCAGCCAUGCUCGAUCAACGCUUGAGUAACUCAGGGGACUACCCCGCGGAUGCACAGCUCGACUUGGAUAAUUUAGCCGAAUGGGCCAGUUCCCCUGAAGCCCUUGAACGCUUGGUUGAACUAGUCCAACUCACCGACGAUGACGGUCGUACAGUGGUUCAUGCGGCCGCGCUUGGUGCAAAUCUGGAUUGUCUCAAAUUGACUCUUUUGGCUGGUGGCGAUCCGUUUGCCACAGACCACGACGGUCGUACUCCGUUGCACUAUGCGGUGGCAUCCUGUGUAUUCGCUUGGCGAAACCCCAUGAACACAUCGGGAUCGUUGGGGGGACUUAAUCAAUCGGGUGAUUCCUCAAACUCGAAUGAAUCACGCAAUGUGGUUUAUCGUGCCAAUGCGAUUGCAGAUGCGACAAAUGUGUCGCUUGUUUUUCUCAAGUUGGGUGCUCAAGUGAAUGCCACCGAUCGGUAUGGUUGCACUCCGUUACACUUUGCCUGCGCAUACGAUACAACUGGAAUUCUAGUCAAGCAUUUGCUUUCCUACGGUGCCAAUCCAACCAGUUGUACCCACUGGCCACCCGUGGCUGCCAUUUCAUGCGGUCGAGACUCACACUCAGUGGAGUCUGCCUCACAUGACUAUGGUAGUGAACUUGCACGGGAACCCGCUCCGGCUCGUCUGCGUCGAUGCUUCUAUUCACCAUUGCAUCUGGCCGUGAGUGCCGGCAAUGAGGCGGCCGUCAAAUUGUUACUUCGUGCGAUCCCCGUUCAACGUGUUCGAGACUACAGUCUGGGUCAUGUGAUCGUCGAGUCUGGCUCAAACAGUCCGUCCGGUGAAUCGCGUAAAUGUACCACACAGGCUCCAUCGCCGCUCUUAAUUGCAGCUUUACGUGGGAACGAAUCCAUUAUGAAAGUAAGUAGCGUUGAAAAAAUUUGUGAAACGCGUUCGUGGGUUGCGGUUACGCCAUAUGCUUACUGA